CCGACGUAGUACUCUUUUCUCUGCCUUCGCCACAAAGCAAAACAACAAAAAUCAAUAAUAACUCACUCUUUCUCUCUCUAAACCAAAACUCAUCACAGAGGCCACACCAAAGAACCUCCAUUGAUUGAUCAAAAGGAUUAAACUUUUUCUUCUGUUUUCCUUUCAGCAAAGCCAUGAAGAUAAAGAACAAAGGUAAAGUUCACCCAUCUCCUUCUUCCUCGUCUUCUUCUUCAAAAGACAGAGAAGUUGUUCUCUCUGUGCUGAAGCUUCUGCCGGCGGCCAUUCUCGCUGUAGCCUCCGUUCUCUCUCUAGAAGACCGCGAGGUUCUAGCCUACUUGAUCACCAGGUCUCUCAAAACCCCUUCUUCUUCUUCAUCAUCAUCAUCAUCAUCUUCAUCUUCUUCGGAUUCGAAGAAGAAAUCGUCUAAGAAAGCUCAGAACGGCAGUAGCAAUGGAGGCGCCGGUUCGACCGGUCAUAAGCCUCCGGUGUUUGACUGCGACUGCUUUGACUGUUACACCAGUUAUUGGGUGCGGUGGGACUCAUCUCCUAACCGUGAGCUCAUCCACCAAGUCAUAGAGGCCUUUGAAGACCACUUGACUAACGGCGAGAAAUCCUCCAACAAGAAGAUCAACGGCAGGGGAAAGAGGAGGGACAAGUUGGGCCGUAACCGCGAGGCCCAAAAGGUAGCGCUACUUGCUACAGAUGGCCCGGCCCGGCCCGAUUCGCCUCUUCCGGAGACUUCUUCUACCACCACUACUGAUACCUCUGCUGCUUCUGUAGAAACGGCGCCGUGCGCUGAAAACGCCGUCGUUUUGGUUACUCAGGUGGAGGAGAAGAGUCCGGACGGGUUCGAGGGAAAUGAGAAGAAGGAAAACGACGUUGUUGAGAUUGAUGAGGAGGAAGAGCUUUCCGAGGCGGCGGAUGAUGAUGUGGCGGUGGUGCUCCGGACAAUGGCGGCGAGCGAACACAAGGGUUUGGCCAGAAAGCUAAUUGGAAAAUGGAAAGUGGUUGCCGGCGAGGAGUCAUUUUCUCGGCGGUGAAGGUUGUUUGGAUACAUUUUUCCCGGAAAAUGUGUAUAUGUUUCUGUUGAUAUUUGUUUAUUUGAAAUAUUGUUUGCUUAGGAACUAAGUUUUGUGAAUUAUUUUUUUGAGGGUGAAGAUAGUUUCUGUCUUCGGAAAUGGGUCCAACCAGAUUGAAAAUAGCUCUGGUUAUUGGUGGAAUAUUAAAUAUGAUUAGUGCAAGUACAAUAA